AGCAAUGCUGGAGAGGUUGAUAUAACAGGAGGGACGUUGCCUCCUCUAAACGAACCGCCAAAUGCAACAGCCAUACUGGAUAACAUGUUUUUAAACUACGACAAACGACUCAGACCUCUAUAUGGAGGUGGAGAUCCUGUUCGCAUAUAUGUCUCGCUAGGUUUCCUCUCCAUAAGUCAUGUCGUGGAAGAAAACAUGGAAUUUAAGGGAGACAUCUAUAUGCGCCAGUUCUGGAAGGAUCCAAGACUGAGUUACGGUGACAAGAACUGGACUUUGAUUCUUCAAGGAGAUGUCCUCGACAAGUUAUGGUUUCCUGAUACGUAUAUUGAAAAUGCGAAGAAAACGACCAUCCACGAUGACACCAAAACGGUGAUUGUGUUUGGAGACGGAAAUGUGUUUUACUCAGUCAGGGUUACCGUGAAUGCCAUGAACCUGAUGGAUUUUAGAAAUUACCCCAUGGAUAUUCAACUGUUCUUUUUCAGAGUUCUAAGCUACGGUUUCGACAUAACACAGAUUAGAUACAAGUGGAUCGAUGUAUCGCUAUACAGCAAGGACAUGGCUGAAUUCUAUAUCAUGAAUCAAACGCUCAGCAGCGACAAAGUUAAAUACAUGAUAGGUUGGUUCGACUAUCUUGACGUCUCUUUCUUUGUAAGAAGAAGGAUCGGCCAUUACGUCAUCCGUAUCUUCUUUCCCUGCAUCCUCUGCACGGUGGUGUCGUGGCUGCCAUUUUGGAUGGAUCGGAGCGAGAUUGGUGAUCGAGGUGCCCUGGGUAUCACAACUCUUCUAACCGAAGUCUUCCUUCUUCAGUACACCAAUGAUUCCAUGCCUCGUGUCAGCUACGUGAAGGCCGCUGACCUGUUCCUGAUUGUUUCGUUUGCUUUUACGUUCAUGGCAUUGUUGGAGAGUGUCAUCGUGUAUAACUACAAAAGGAGGAUUUUCAAGGUGGAAAAUGGCGAGGUCAAAAACAUCACAGGUGGACGAACGUUCUUCCGUAAGCGCGUCGUCUCUCUUGAGGAGGCCCACAAAUUAGAACCUGUGCAAGAAAACGGCUCACACACCAAUCCUGUUACUGAGACCUUCACAGAAGAACUGAACAGUCCUCUUUCUGAGACUCAAACAACUAUAAGCCCAUGGAAAGAGACACGAGACGUCGAAGAGAAGAAACAGUGCCCUCGAUGUUUCGAAUCAGGCAGAACAAAGAUCCAAAACUACUACACAAGUUUCAAGAGUUUUUUGGCCAAGAACGACCUCAGCUAUUUCAUAGAGAUGUCCUCUCGUGUUUUCUUUCCUCUCACGUAUAUAGCAUUUAUUGCAUACUUCUUUGGGAAAUAUGGCAUCUGAAGAUGUGCUUUACUGGGCGUUUCUCUAGUAAUAUGAAUAAGUUAUAUUAACUGGUCCUCGGAAGACAUUACUUCUAACAACGUUCCUUGAAAAGUUCAUCUGUGGAUGGGAUGUGGUCGUUUAAGUGAAGUGGUAGGAGACUUGAUGUUUAAAGCCUAUUCCGAGAGCAGACAUGUCGAUGCUACGGUUUGCGAAAAUUCAGCUUUCGCCCGUCCUCUUCUGGGCAAAACGAUGUCCUCAGGGGGUACUUAUGGGCAUACAGCGUAGACGUGUACCCAAUCCGAACGUACAUAAUGUCCAAACACUCGGUUGAAAGCCACUCAAAUCUGGAGUCCAAAGCUCAGAUUGGUGGUUACCUGAAAAAGCUCGAAUUAGCCUAUCAGGCAGUAAAAAGCCAAGAAGGGAAGCCACCAGAAAGUAGGAUUGAAGAGGGUGCCUUAGGCGGGUGGAAAUAAAAUGAACGAUAUGGACAAUAUAAUAAUGAACAAAUUCAGUUGAAUAGUGAUGCGAGUGAGGCAUUGGACCUCUUGACACUGUAACUGACCAGCUGCAGUAAACACCUCGCUCGAUUCAUGCAUGCAGGACCUCGCUCCUACUGAUACAUCCUCCUACUGAUACUUUGUUUACUUGAAGGGGCUCAGUCACGGUAUUUUGACCACGUAAAAAAUGACCUUUAAAUUGAAGGAAACCUGAAAAUAGUACUUGACUAAGAUAGAAAAACAGCAUAGAGAUAAUAAUAUACAAAAACGGAACAAGGACGGUUAAGGAUGGAGAAGAUUGACGCGGAUUAUGAUCUACGAAUUUGAAAAAUUUAGGCCAAGCUUUUCAAGAUGCGCAAACCUUGACGUAGCUCCUUUACGCAAGAUGCCAGAAUUUCUCCAAGACAUGGUUCAUUUCGAGUGUUUUAGCCAGCUUUCAUUAUAACGUGUUAUUUUUAGCUAAGGAGAAGCCGGAUUAGCCAUGUCACCUGAUCCUUUGCAUGGCUCUUCGCGUUACGCGUUUACCACGACGUCAGUGUGCCAGCCAUAGGCAAAAGGUACAAUAAUGAGCCCUGCGCAAGCCAAGAUGUGUCAAAUUAACAAAUUGACGUCAGUUUUUUUAUGCGUCUGUCCUCUUAUUUAUGAUAAAU